UUAAACAUCAACGAAUUCAUCAACCCCACUUUCAAAAGACUUAUACAAACGCCCUCUGCAACGUCACAAGUAGCAAGACCUCGAUUUUUCUUUAUCUGGAUAUCUAAAACCUUAAACCCUGAAAAAUGGACAAAUAAGAAACCUGAAAUUGUUGGGCCUUCCGCUUGUAAUAUUUUUACCUCCGUUUUUUUUUUUAAAUCAUUCCGCAUGAGACCGGACUGUGAUGAUUCAACGGUCCGAGUUCACAGACGUCUAUGUAUAGCAGACCAAAGUUCUACAGAGCUUACUAAAAUUGUUCAAAAUUACAGUAUAUAAACUGCCGAAUGAUUUCUUUAAUGAUUUCCAAACAUUUUAAGUCGUAGCUGAGGCGUUUUACAAAUAAUGAUUUGCUCCUUUUCCGUAAACGAGGUUUUCCAUGUUAGUGUUUAGUAGUUUACAAAAAAUAUCACACACAUUCUAGAAUCAGGGUGUGUUUGAAGGAACACUUGCUGACAAUUCGUGCUCAGAAAGGGACUUUUUUUUCAAAGGUAGAGAAAGCUCAAUGCAUUCAGAGAGAUAAUAGAAAUAUUUGGGAUUUUAACAAAAUAAGAAUGGAUUUAUUUAUCAACUAGGUUUUUUUAGGAUUUUCAUUUAUCAGUUAGGGUUUCAAGGAUGAAGCGCCCUCCACCUGCCUUGAAUGUAAAAAGGCUCGCAAAUGCUAGAGCUCCGGAGGUCGAAGCUUUGUACUCUAUUAUCAAGAAGAGAAUCCGUAAAAGGAAAGGACCGGACGAUGGAGAGCAAGAUGAUAAUCAAGACUUUGCCGUGCCCAGGACUGAGCGGCGCAGGACUACCGGUUUCAUUAACCGAAAGGCCAAUUUAUGGAAGAAAAGGAAGCGAGAUGCUCUGAGGCGGUCCACUCGUUUCAAAAUUAAGGGAGAGGAAGAGAGGGACGGAAAGGCAGACACGGUGAAGAAACUCUCCAGGCGUGUUCGCCGAAGAAUUGAGCUAAAGGGCGGGAGCGAUGGCGGAUACGGAUGCUCCACUGAUGGUACUAUAAGACUUGCGACGCAUGUCUGGCAUGCCAAACGGUUCACAAUGACUAAGAAAUGGGGUUAUUAUCUUCCUCUGGGACUUUUUGGCAGAGGCAGAGGAUCAAGGGCUGUGUUGAAGUGGUCAAAGUCCACUGCAUUGUUGCAUGAUGCAAGCUAUUAUAGCGCUGUUCAGCUGGAGGGUCCCGAGGAUUCACUACUGAAUGUCUUAAGAAAGGUACUUGAGCCUUCUCCACCUUUAGUAGAAACAAUGUCAGAGAUGUUGAUAGCUGAAUUGUGUGGACUAUGCUAUGGGACUGCAAUGUUGCACAAAGUUGGGGAGUCACCCUAUGGAUCAAUUACGCCCGUAACAUAUUUAUGGUGCCCAUAUUCUCCUGAUGCUUUUAAAGCAACAGUAGACAGAGACAUGAAAGACAGAAGCACUUAUAAUGAUAAAGAAAAGAAGCAGAACAACCAGACACGAUAUUUGUGGAUAUGGAUCCAUGCUGCUGCUUUUCAUGAUGCAUUUAAUUCAUUACAGUCUGCUUGUCAGAUACAGAGUGAGGAAGAUGGCACAAUACUCAUGUGCUUAUCCAGACAACAUGACCUUGGGCGGCUGGAUGUUAUUGGGUCAAGGGCUUUGAAACUACUGCAAAAGAUAUUGCACCCCAUUUCUAGGUUGAAUAUCAGUGCUGAAGGGUCUAAAUUUGAAGGUUCUUUAGACUUUCAUGGACUCUCAGUUUCCAGAAUUUUUCAGCUUCCAGAAGCAUAUCUUUUGGAGAAUGCUGAUAAGUUGCCAGUGAAUGCUGUUUUAUCUAUGGAUAUUCAUGAUCCUCGUGAUAGUCUUGCUAUGCAAGAAAAAUUUCUUCCCAAUGUCUCUUCUGUGGCUAAACGUGUUGAGACUCAACAAACCUGCCCUACUGUUUCUUGUGAAGUCAAGUCAGAUGUUAGUAGUAAAUUACUAGACUCAGAAAUGUGCGGAAAGUGUGGAAAUGAAGAAAUCACCAGUAUGUCUGAUGACACGUGCUCUUUCAGUGCAUCCAAAGAAGAGUCCCAAAAGGCAUUUGACACCUUUUCUGAACAUGUACCUAACAAGACAUUAUGGAGUUCUCAAAAAGAGGGUUUUUCUCUAGGCAUCCCUCUGAGUGAGAAUAUUCUUAACCAGAAGCGCCAUCUACAGCGUCUAGACUUCUUUUACCUAGAUAAGGGUGAUCAUGGAAACAAAUCAAUGGAAGGAGAGCAAGGACGUUUUAGCAGAUCAUGCCCUAUUAUCCUUUUGAAGAAUGAUAAUAAGAAGCCUUCUGCUUGUGGAUGGUCUAUUAUUCUUCCAGUAAGCUGGGUUCGAGCCUUUUGGAUUCCUCUUGUCCUUGGAGGAGCUCGAGCUAUUGGAUUGCGGGAGCGACGGUGGCUGUCAAGUGAUGCAGGAGUAUCAUCAUUUCCGUAUGACUUUCCUGACUGCAAAGCAUACUGUGACUAUAUGAAUGAGGAAACUGCAGCAUAUGAAGAAAUGAUUGCUAGCAGGCCACCUUCUAAAAGACCUCCCGCAAUUUUACUUCCUCCACCAUGGAAUUCUAUACAAGGGUAUGUAAAAAGAAAAUACAGUGGAAGUGCGGCCCUGCUAGCAGAUAUUACUAAGCAAGAGAGUGAGAAAACAGAAUUAGUGGAAGUACAGAGACUUCACUCAGUGAAUUCCCUACAAGACAAGCUCGCAAUUCCAGAGGUUAUAAAUAAAGAAGAUUUAGGUAGCCAAGGUUUUUCCUCAAUACAUGAGAAGAAAUUUAUUUUUCCUGGUCUUAUAGCCAGGACAUCAGCAAUAUUGAAGCAGCAUUUGAGAAGAGUUGGUGGUCUUCACCUCCUCCUAUUUCCAGACACUCAUAGUAGUCAAAAGAAAGACUAUUCUCACUUACUGGAUGAAGGAAGAAUUUGCUGGAGAUUGAAAGAUGUGAAUAAUAUAAUUCUUGAAAAUGAACCUUGCUUUUUGAAAGUCCUCCUUUAUGCUCCAGGAAAAGGUCUUUUUGAGGAAGGUGCUGUCGUAUGUGCACCAAUUGAGAAUGACUUUUCCUUGUGGUGCUCAAAAUCUCGAGGAUGGCAAGGGCUUGACAUUCCACCUACUUUGAGGAAUGCAGAAUGCAAUCAACAGUGGAUAACUAACAAAGAAAUGGGGCAAUGGGGAGGCAUUGUUUCAAAUUGUGGGCAAGAAAAUUUGCGGAUGCCAAUAGGCUUUGUGACAACAGGUGCCUGUCGUGGAAGUGUUCCAGCUUUGGCUGUAGCCAUGUGUGAAGGAACUAUUCUAGGACAUCUGAGAGCAGACCAAUGGAAAGACUCAAAGUGGAGGAAUAAGUCUGAGGUUUUUGUACUAGUUAGGAAUAUGAAGUCAACUGUGUACCGACCUGCUCUUGCAGCCAUUAUUCUCGAAGAAAAUGAAGAUAAAUUUUAUUGGUAGAGGAAAUUAAUCAGAGUUCUUUUUGGUUUUGCAGUGUUUAAAGAUACAUUUUUGGGUGAUAGUGAUAAAAUCAAAAUUUUAAAUAAAAUCUUGGACUACACGGGGGAAUAAGAGGAAUUUAAAUCAGUUGGAAGGAGACAAAAGUGUUUUAACACAAAACAUCCUAUCAAUUUCAAUAUCAUAUAGAUAAGCUACGUGUAUAAUUUGAUGCUUUUUGGCAAAAAGUUUAAACAGAUGUUUCACUUCCCAUACUGAAUUCAAACUGUAAAGAUACAAUGUUCAUUGCCCUUGACAAAAUUAUUUAUCCACUUUCGUGGAUAUUUCCUUGGGUCA